AUGCCCACCCCCACCGUGAAAGGCACCUCGCACCCGGCCUUCGCAUCCGUGCGCGCCCUCUUCUCAACGCACCUCCAAACCGGCGCCGAGAUCGGCGCCUCCCUCUGCGUAAGCAUCAACGGCGAAACCGUCCUCGACCUUUGGGGCGGCACCACCUCCACCUCCACCUCCAGCACUUCCCCCGAAGACUGGGAAGCGACGACCCUCGUCCCCGUCUGGUCCCUGACGAAACUCAUCACCGCCCUAAGCACCCUCCUCCUCAUCGACCGCGACCAACUCUCCCCGACCACCCCCGUCAACCACUACUGGCCAGCCUUCACGGCCUCCCCCAAAAUCCAAGUCCGCCAUCUCCUCAGCCACACCUCCGGCCUGGCGGGGUGGGACAGCCCCGCGCCCACCGCCUCGGAGAUUCUUGACAUCGAAGCCUGCACCGCGCGUCUCAUCGCCCAACCCCCCUGGUGGGAGCCCGGCACCGCCUCGGGGUACCACAUCCUCUCCUACGGGUUCCUGCUGGGUGGGUUGAUUCGGCAGGUCACCGGCCGGGGACUCAGCGAGUUCAUCCACAAUGAGCUGGUCGUGCCGCUCGGCGCGGAGGGCGGGUUCUUUCUCGAUAUUCCGGAGCGGGAGUGGGGGCGUAUCGCGGCGCUUGUGCCGCCGACGGAGUUUGAGAUGCCCGUGUUGGAGCCGGGGAGUGUGGCGGGACGGGCGAUAUUGAGUGCCGCCGGGGCGGUGGGUGUGGAUAGUCCUGCGACGCCGGGGUUCCGGCAUGCGGAGAUGGGGGCGUCCGAUGGGUUUGGGAAUGCCAGGGCUAUUAAUCGGAUUCUGGAGGUGGUGACGCUGAAUGGGGUGGUGGGGGGCAAGAGGUAUCUGAAGGAGGAGACGGUCGAUCUUAUCUUUCAGGAGCAGGUGUCCGGCGUGGAUUUGGUGUUGGGCAGUCCGGUCACGUUUGGGAUGGGCAUGGCGAUGGCGAGGCCUUCGGGGCCCAGUUGGUUGCCUGAUGGAAGGAAGGUUGGGUAUUGGACUGGUUGGGGCGGGUCGUUGGGGUUGAUGGAUGUUGAAAGGGGGGUCACCCUCACGUAUACCAUGAAUAAGAUGGACAUGGGGUUGGCGGAGAAUGAUCGCGCCAGGGAGUAUGUUGGGGCGGUUUAUGCGGCGUUGGACGGGUAUUUGGCUGCUACAACGCGGUAG